AUGGAUGAUAAUAAAAGGGCAAUAAGAACAUAUGUGGAUGAUAGUCAUACAAAAUAUUUAGAAGCUGUAAAGAAUUAUAAUUCUCAUAUAGAUGAAUUAGUAAAUUUUUUUAAUACUUUUGAAGAUCCUUCAAUUAAUCAUAUUAAUUGGGGUAAACUAAAAUAUAAAGGUUUUUUACAAAAAAUAUAUAAUCAUGAUACGGAAGUAUUACCUCUAUAUUUAGAUGAUUUAAGAGAACAUUUCUGUAAGGAAAAUAAAGAUGCUGACCCAUCUGUUUAUAAUGGUAUAAUGACAAAUACGCAUAGAUAUAUGGAACUGUUAUAUUCUGCAGCUGAUAAAUGUUUAUCUGAUGAUUGUUUUAAAAGAUUUAUAAAAGGAUAUGGAGAAGAAGAUGAAAAUGAAAAAACUAAGAGGAAAAAUUUGAGAAGAAUAAAUAAUGAAGAUACGAGUGGAUAUUCGACAGAUGAAAGUGAAAAGGAAGCUUUUAAUAAUUUAUUUAGAGAUAUGAUAAAACCAAUUGAAGAAAUUAGGCAAGAAAGAAUGAAGGAAUAUAAAUUACCUGCAUAUCUAAGAGUAAAUUUCGAAAUUAUAUUAAUCCCUAGUUCAAGAGAUUUAGUAAGAAAAAUGAGAAUAGUCAAUGCUGAUUGUAUAGGUUCUUUAAGUACAUUUGAAUGUGAAGUUAUAAGAGCAACGCAAUUAAAACCCAGAAUUCAAGUAGCUACUUAUGAAUGCGAUAGAUGUCACAUGUUUGCAUAUAAAGCAGUAGAUGGCCCAUUUUUUAUGCCACUUUUUGAUUGUCCAGGUUGUACAAAUGUUCAUGGAAUUAGAGGAUCAUUAAAAUUUCAAGCUAAAUUAAGUAAAUUUGUGAAAUAUCAAGAAAUCAAAGUUCAAGAAUUACCAAGUCAAUUACCUGAAGGAGAUAUUCCUAGAAGUAUGAAUUGCAUUAUACAUGGAGAAAGUACCACCUCAGUUCAACCAGGUAUGUCUGUGACACUCACAGGUGUGUUAAUGCCUGUAACUAAAAGUGGGUUUCAAGCGUUAAAAGGAGGUUUAAUUGCAGAAAAGGUAUUCCACAUAUAUUAUGUACAAAAUAACAAAGAAAACUUUAAUGAACAUAUUGAUAAUUAUGAUAAAAUAAUGGAAGAAGUUCAAAAUUUAAAAAAUAGUUCUAAUUUAUAUGAAAGAUUAGCUUAUAAUAUAGGACCUGAAAUAUACGGUCAUGAAGAUGUGAAAAAGGCAUUAUUAUUACAGUUAAUAGGAGGUUGCACAAAAAAAAAGAAAGAUGGAGGUUUAAUAAGGGGUGACAUACAUAUAUUAUUAAUGGGAGAUCCAGGAGUUGCAAAAAGUCAAUUAAUGAAAAAAGUUUGUUUAAUUGCAUCAAGGUCUAUUUAUACUACAGGAAAAGGAAGUAGUUCCGUUGGUUUGACUGCAGCUGUUCUGAAAGAUCCUAACACAGGUGAAACUACAUUGGAAGGUGGUGCUUUAGUUUUAGCAGAUAAAGGAAUAUGUUGUAUUGAUGAAUUUGAUAAGAUGGAUGAAUUUGAUAGAUCUGCUAUAUAUGAAGUUAUGGAACAACAAACUGUUUCGAUCGCAAAAGCUGGGCAUUGUAGCAAUAUGCCUGCGAGAUCAUCAGUUUUAGCAGCUGCUAACCCUGUUAAUGGAAAAUAUGAUUGUAAAAAAUCAGUUAUGCUCAAUAUGAAUUUACCAGCUGCAUUAUUAACUAGAUUUGAUUUGCAAUUUCUUCUUCUUGAUGUAGCAGAUAGAGAUAAAGAUAAAAAAUUAGCUGAACAUGUUUUAAGUAUCUUAAAAUGUAUCGAUUCUAGUGAUGAUAAAAAAAAUAGAUCAGAAUUAAAUGAAGAAAGCUAUGGAGAAAUUGACAAAACUGUAUUAAGAGCCUUUAUACAAUUAGCAAAAAAAAAACAACCAACCAUUUCUCCAGAUUUAAUACCAAAAAUUACUCAAUGGUAUGUAUCUACUAGACAGUUAGAAUCGCAACAAGAGAGAUAUAAUGACACACGUAUAAAUUAUACUACACCUAGAGCUCUCCUUGCUAUUUUACGUAUAUCACAAGCAUUAGCAAGGUUAAGAGAUAGCGAUGUUAUAGAAACAGCAGAUUUUGAAGAAGCCAUUAGAUUAACUGAACAAUCAAAAGCAAGUGUGUCAUUGCAAACUGAAAAAAGGAGAAGAAAAGAUCCUUCUGUAGAAAUUAUGAACAUUAUUAAAAGUAUUAAAGAUAGCAUUAUGGAGAAAAAAAAAAAGUGGAAUGGAUGGAUUUCUAUAGAAGAAAUUGAAAGACAAUCUAUAAGCAAAGGUUUUACAAAAGCACAAGUUUUUAAUACUAUUGAUAAAUAUGUAGAAUUAACUGUUUUUACUAUUAAUGAAAAUAACACAGCUAUUGCUUUUCCGAAUGAUGUUUAUACUAUGGAUGAAGAAGAAAAUGAAGAUAUAGAAGAAGAUGAUAUUUAUUAA